UCUUUCUAAUCUUUUACUCCUCUUUCCGAGUUUCAAUUCCUAAUUCCCAACCCAAUGGAAUCAGCAACGCCAACCAUCGGACACACUCAGUCACCCAAGGUUCUAAAAGACGAAAAUGGAACUCUUAUUUUCGAUUCAAACAUGAUGCGAAAUGCGUCACAAAUCCCCAAAGAAUUCCUCUGGCCAUCCAACGACUUAAUUAUCACUGCAGACGGGGAGCUCAACGAGCCUCUCGUCGACUUGUCAGUCCUCAAGAGCGAGGACCACACGGCCAUAGCUCACGCAGCCCAGCUCGUGAGGGAGGCUUGUGUCAAGCACGGUUUCUUCCAAGUAACUAACCAUGGCGUCGAUCAAGAGUUGAUCGAUGCCGCUUACCAAGAGGUUGACACCAUAUUUGGGCUUCCUCUGGAGAGGAAACUAGCCGCUCGAAGGCAGCCAGGUGCUGUGUCCGGCUACUCCGGAGCACAUGCAGAUAGAUAUUCAAGCAAGUUGCCAUGGAAGGAGUGCUUCUCUUUCAAAUAUGCUCACAUCGAUCAUUCUCAUUCGCAAAUUCUUCACUACUUCACUUCUCUCUUCGGUCAGGAUCUUCGUCACUCUGGGAUCGUGUAUCAGAAAUACUGUGACGCAAUGAAGGAGUUGUCUUUUGCAAUCAUGGAGCUUUUGGCCAUUAGUCUUGGCCUUGAUCGUUUGUAUUUUAAGACAUUUUUUGAAGAUGGUGAGUCAAUAAUGAGGUGCAACUCUUACCCUCCUUGCAACAACUCAAGCCUCACACUUGGUACCGGUCCGCACAGUGAUCCAACUUCAUUGACUGUUCUUCAUCAAGACCAAGUUGGUGGCUUAGAAGUUUAUCUUGAUAACAAAUGGUUUGCUGUUCGACCAAGACCUGAUGCAUUUGUCAUUAAUAUUGGUGACACUUUUAUGGCAUUGUCAAAUGGGAAAUACAAGAGUUGUCUACACAGGGCAUUGGUAAACAGGGAGGUGGAGAGGAAGUCAUUGGUUUAUUUUGUGAACCCAAAAGAAGACAAAACAGUGAAACCAACAAAAAAGCUAUGUAGCAGCGAUGAAGAAAGGAAGUACCCAGAUUUCACAUGGUCUGAUUUGUAUGAAUUCACACAAAAACAUUAUAGAGCUGAUGUCUCGACUCUCCAAGGUUUCAUCCCAUGGUUCAUUGCUGGCAAGCCUUCUAAUUACUAGCUUCAUUGCCAUCAUAAUCUAUGUGUAAUAAUCUGGUGUCACCAACUUAGUACGUAGUAACUAUUAAAUGGGAGAAUAUAAUGUUUUGCCAGCAAUAAGUAUGUUUAAUAAUUUUGUGGACUAUGUUUUGUUAU